AGAUACUUUUACUGAAGCUAUGGCAAAAAUAGAAUUUUACAGCGACAAACUAAACUUUUUCAAAGUGCAAAAUCACAGACCAUAUGAUAUCAAACAUCAAAAGUUCAGAGGCAUGUAAUAAUAUUCUUGAACAAUCUGAGCAUGUGAAAAGGGUAGCGGAUGCAUUGGAAAAUCGUAAUUCUGAAACAAGAUUCUCUGCCAAUGUUUCAGGACAAAAACUGAAUUUUUUCAAAGAUAUUACAAAUGAUGGUAACUUGGGGAAUGUCAACGUACGACCACACAGAUCAGGACAUGGCUCAUUUACGUUCAAAGACUCUCCGGAGGAUUUAAAAUCUUCCCAAACAUUGAUGCUUUUAAAAAUACACAUGAUGGGAGUAAUUCUUGAGUCGUUUGGUCGAAAUAACGGAACUGCAACUGGUAAAUCUAAUAAUCAGCGCUCAGUUACUUUCACUAAUAAGGACACUGACCUGAAGAUGUUUCCAGUACGCAGUAUAAGUGCAAUUGAACAAAUCGAAAAGAAAAUGAUGCACAAACCAUUUUUUGACAAAGUUGUCCAUGCUUUAAUGAAGAUCGGAAAACACGUUACCAUCAGCAUGACGAUUACAAACAUGUUGAAUAACCUGCUGACUUUUGAAACAGGAGCGAAGUAUUCCUUUGUUCGGAGAUCUAGGAAGAAACAACCUUUCAACAAAUUACUUUUUUACAAAGCAAUAUGUAAUGCAUUUGGAAUUAAAUUUGGCAUCAAAGACUUCAUGUUUGAAAAUUUGAAGGAUUUUCUUACUACAUUUAAAAACUUACAACAAAUGGAAUUAAUCGAUAUUGUGGACCCGGAUGCAACGAUUGCACUAAUCACUAAAAGUGUGAAAUAUUGGCUCUAUCAAUGUAUGAAUCGACAAGAGCGUGAAGCGAAAAAUGCUAAGAAAGCACAAGAAAGGGAAAAAAAUAUGCAUUUAGAUUUGGAGCAAGACGAGGAAGAUGAUUUCUAAUUUUUAUCGUACAACACCUGGGCAGUAAGUGCCUAAACGUUAACUUUAGGAAGUAUUACUACAUCUUUUUGUGUUUUGGCCAUUUAUUUUACAUUUACGUAUAUUUAAUCUAAAAUAUCAACAACAAAAAAUUGAGUUUAUAAACAACGAGAAUCUUCAAAAUGCGCAAUUAUAAAUACACUUAUUUCGAAUGCAAUAUUUAAUCUUAAUGAGUUUCUUUAAGAAUUUAAUUAGAGGAAAGUUUUGAUAAUGUACUAUAUGAACAGUGCAUAUUACUUUAGUAUUUAAUACUAUAAUUUCAUUUUGCGAGAGUUUAGAGAGUUCAAGUUCCUACCUCAUUAUUUGAGUCAUUAAGAUUAAUUCUACAGAAAUUACAUUUAAAACUUAAUAUUUGAGUAUUGUUUAGAUUUAUAUUGAAAGACUGAUUAAGCAAAUAAUGGCGAGAAGGUAGAAAAAUGCUCAAUUGUAAUUCUGAUAUAAAAUAUUGCAUGGUACUAUAAAUAAGUAUUUAUAAGUAGGACUCACCUUACCCGUUUAAUAAACACAAAAACUUACUUUCGCAGAA